AUGGAUUUCCCGCUUGAAUCGCAACAUCAGCUCCCUGCUUCAAGCGUGAAUAGUCUUUUGACCUCCAACGAGAACUUUCGUAUCAGACUUCAUUUUGAGAUGGGAGAUGACGAUGUUGUCGUUGAUGGUCACAAUAUAAAUUUUGUUCCAACGAUUCCUGAAAUAAAUAUGCCCAUUCGCCUCUACCAGACAGAUAAAAUCAAGUAUGCUAACACAGUUACGGGUUACGUUCUUGUUACAAGAUUCGUUUUUAAUAUUAGUGGACAAUUUUUCGGAGUUAAAUCAAUUAGAAACAUUUAUCCUGAUGAUAAUGGCUUCUCAAGUUCGAUUGUAACUGUUGCAAUCAAAAGGAGCGAAGUAGAUAAAAAUUUAGAGCCAAUUUUAAUGAAUCAUAUUUAUAAACGUCAUAGAGAGCAAAACAAGCUUAUAGCAUUAUCAGCUGGCAAACAGUCAGCAUCAAACGAUAAUAUUCCAAUUCCAUUCAAUGAAUUCUUUACAGAUAUCCGCAAUUCAAUUUCAAAUUUGGAAAUUAUGCUACGAGAAGAGCACGAAAUAGACCCAACAAUCUCUUUGGCAUCUACAGAACUGAUCGGAUUGAAGCUAGAUCUCGAAAGAAAAGCGCAAGAAAUAUUAAGAUCGCUUCAAGAGAGAGAUAACGCUGAGGAAGAGGCCAGGCUUGAGUCUCGUAAGAUUGCAGAGGCUGCCAGCAAGAUAGAACAACAACUCGCCCUUCCAAAUAAAGCUGAAGUUGCAAAGGAUUCAAAGAAUGAUGUUGCAUUUGCAUUUUCUUUAAUUCCGUUGUUUGUUGCAUUUGUUGGUGCAAUAAUUAAGAAGAAAAGGAAAUGA